AUGGCCGACACAGAAGAGCCCCAGUUCAACACCUUGGCCGAGCGCAUUGCUGCUCUCAACAAACAAAAGAGCUUUGCCAACGCUCAAAGCCCAAGCCCAGGUCCUGGACCAGUUCGCAAGCGACCGCCACCACCUCCUCCUCCCGUUCGUCCAACUAUUGAAGGCCGGAGUCAAACAGUACCAGUAAUAUCGACUACUCCAAGCCCGUCGCAGAAUAAUCCAUCAAUCCCUCCUCGCCCCUCGAGAAAAGCGUCAACACCACAACUCACAGCGCAAAACUGCCAAGAUGGUGCUCAGCGAGCCCCGCCUCCGCUCCCCAGCCGCACCCCGACCGCACAGUCUGCGCCGACCUUACCACCGAGACGCACCUCGACCCAAUCUAGUCUGAUGGUUAGGAGGAAUUCUGAUUCUUCGGAGAGGUCGCAGAAUUCAGCGAUAUCUACAUUGUCAGCGGGCAAACCUCCUUCGUCAGUAACUAGUGUCAACUCUGACGGGGCAAGCUAUAAAUUGCCCCCAGCUUAUGAUCCUGCGAGUCUUCCAAAACUACCCCCCUCAAGGAGAGAAAAAGAAUCUGCAAUCAAGGAGAAAUCAAGGCCUAAUCGUGCUCCCCCAUCGCCACGCCCCCCUCGAGCCAUUGAGCCUGCACCGCCGGUUCGACCCAGUCUUCCACCAAGGUUACCAUCGCGCCCAGGGAAACCACAGGCAGGUGCUACGCCUGAACCUCAGGCAGUACCUCAGACCAGAAAAAUACCACCCAGGCCAUCAACGAACGGAAAAUCGAAAGGACCAGUUAUUCUUGGGUUCUCGAACAAGGAAAAACUUCAAGAUACUCAACCGGCACUGCCUGCGCGACCUCCGAUUCCUGGUCACCCACAGUCAGAAGAUGAACCACCUCCAGUGCCGCUCGCUUCUCGCCCCUCGAUGGCUCAGAUUGAAGCGUUUGAAACAAAGGCUUUUACUGCAGCAGGUCCCGUAAACGGGUGCCUCAUAUGUCGUAAUUGGAGCGCUCCUGAUGCCAUCGCCGCACAGUAUCCUCGACAUUCUCUACCAAGGAACGACCCGAUCGGUUAUCUGGCACAGGUUCUUUGUGGUCCCCUCCCCUCUUACACAGACAAGGCACGGGCGAUAUUUACCUGGUUUCAUUACAAUAUCAACUAUGAUACCGAGGCAUUCUUUAACAAGAAUAUCAAGCAUAUGACUGCAGAAGAUACUGUCCUUUCUGGCAAAGCUGUUUGUGCAGGGUACGCAGAAACUUAUAAAGCGGUCGCCAACAGAGCUGGCCUUGAGUGUGUGGUUGUCACUGGUCAUGGAAAAGGGUUUGGAUAUACUCCACUCAAGAAAGGUGAACGCCCGCCACCAGCCAAGCCGGAUGGACAUGCCUGGAACGCAGUACGCAUUGAUGGCGGUGACUGGAAGCUGCUGGACGCCUGCUGGGGAGCUGGUCAUGUAGAUGGGCAAAACUACGUGGCGAAAUUCAACCCUUCACAGUUUACGUAUGCCAACGAGCAUUUUGGUCUCAGACAUUUCCCAAAAGACUCGCGACACCAGUUCCGGGCUAACGGCGUGCCUGUGACGUGGGAAUACUACUACACUGGGGAUAUUGACGGUGAGCCCCCUACUGUAUGUGGAACCGCGAGCGAGGAAGGCAUCUCAGAGCCAAGCAUAGAGCCGAAGCAUCGCCAUAUCUCUAUCGACAGUGGAGAAAUUGUGCGCUUCCAAUACUCUAAGAUCUGUGAGCACUGGACGGAGGAGAAAUGCGGUGGCAAAGAGCGCUUAGUGCUUCUCAGCCUUCCUCGAGGUGAAGGCCAGAGAGAUGAAAUGAUACCCCUGGAAACAAAUGGGUUCUGGUACUGGCUCGAUGUCAAUGCGAGGGACUUGGGUCCCCGGGGUAAAUCGGUACGAUUACUCGUUUUGACCAGCUUCGAUGGCCGCAAGGAUGCAACAGGAGUCACAGCCAAAGAAUUUCUCGCCAAGGUCGGCAGAUGCGCGAUGGGCUGGUCGUACCUAGUGGAAUGGGAGUUGGUCUGA